UUUUGUGUGACUGUUGCCUUGAAGGCAGCGAUAGUUACUCCUUCGGUGACUCAUAUAUGUUUGCUUUGAGUCAGUCGUGAUUCAUAGCACCUGGCAUACCUCAUUGUCUCCUGGAUCUUGGCAUUGACACGAUUUUUGACCUUUGAGCAAUUGAUGAACUGGUUGUGAAAGGGGAUAUUCGAAUCAAUUCAUACUGGAAUCUAUCGCGUUUGGAUCACAUCAUCGACUCUUGAAGUCCUUCAGGAAGAACCGAGUACCACCAGAGUGCGACAAACAACAUAGUCAUCGAAGCCUCUUUCAAGCACGAACUUGACCAACAUCUGUCCGGCAUUCGCGUUCGCCAACAAGCUAUACGCAAUCAUGCCUAUUCACAUUCGUCCUUUCCAGGCUUCCGAUCUUCUUGCUCGUGAGCGCAUCUUCAAAGAUGCCUUUUCAGCGGGCCUGCGUCCUCACAUCUAUCCCAAUGGCACAACGGAUGCGGACUUGAUCCACAACUUUGGCGAAAACAUCAAAGGUCUGGCAACCAAGAUGUCUGCCUCUGACACCCAAGCCGGACAACGCUUCUUCGUAGCUUACGAUACCGAAACUUCUGCACCUACUUCUGACCUCGAGUUCCCAGAAACUUGGGAUAAGAAGAAUGAAGUUGAGUUGAAGGGCAAGGAUAGAGAGGAGGCCAAGAGGAUUGUAGGCAUUGCAUUCUGGCAACUACAGCCCUCACCUCGCACACAGGAAGAGAUUGACAAGGAAGCUGCAGAAGGCCAAUCUCACGCCCAUGCACCCUCAGCCAAUGGCCCUCUCCUUGAUGCAUUUGGAAAGGCCCUCACUGCAGGGAGGGAGAAGUGGAUCGGCCUCGACGCAUACCUAUACCUUAAAGUGCUCGCCAUCGAUCCUAAAUAUCAGCGUAGGGGAGUGGGAUCUCUUUUGCUGGAUGAAGGGUUGGCAGUUGCAAACAGGGUGGGGAUCAAGGCUUAUUUGGAAGCUACAGAAGCAGGAAGGCCGCUUUAUCAGAGGAAGGGGUUUGUGGAUAGGGAGUUGGUAGAUUUUGAUGUUGCAAGGUAUGCGCCUGCUGCGAAGGGAGAGAGGCAUGGUUUUAUGUGUAUGGUUAGGCCUGCACCUGAGGGUGGGAAGAAGGCUCAGGGAAGUGCGGAGGAAGGCGAGGGACAUGGUGGAAAUGAGGCUGUGGUCGAAAAGGGCGAAUAGAGGUAUACCAUGACGCUGAUACUAUAUAGUGACGUCUAUUAGCUAUUGCCGACUGGGUAUCUAAUCCUGAGAACGAUUCUUCAAGGCUGUAACCUUUCACCUUGCUUCUCGCCGACCAGGUUUCCCUGGUUCGCUGUUUGUCU